UCUGUUGAAAUGACGAAAUGAGUGAAAAGACGUUUUGACGGAUUGUUUAUAUCAAUUAGCCGCGGUCAGCCACUGAAUCAAGCUCAAUUCAAAUAGCCGAUGCUUUUGAAGAAGUUAUUAGUGUUUGUAAACAAGAGAAGAGUGGAAUGCUACACCCUACUAUAGACCUAGUUUGUCCAGAUGUGCUAGUAUGCAAGUUUUGUGUAGUCGGAACCCGGUGUUGAACCAUGCGCGUGAAUGGCGCGUGGAUGGUUUUCACAUUCCUGUUCCGACCUCCUGCUUGGUUUUGGAGAGUUAAUUGAUCGAGGUGUAUUGGAAUUGUUUAAAGUAUAAUGUCAAAGAUGAGAGGCAUUCCGCGGGCAGCUGCCAUCAGGAAACUCUGUAGCCGAGUAUUAUAUAUAGUUGAAGAGCUAAGCGGCCGUUGCAGUAUUGAACGUGCAUAGUGUAGUACACGUGUGUGCAUGCAUGGUAUACCAGAUUGGCAGAGAUUUGGCUCAAGAAUUUGACGAAGUUUAAGCCAAAACUUAAAACCGAUCUCAUUCCGUGACACAGAAUGGCAGUUAGCAGGGAUUUCCGCAGUGAAAAGGAAAGAAGAUAUUUGUAUUUUGCGGACUGAUUGGGAUUCUCUUGCUAAAAGAGACACAUUUCGUUGGUUUUACUUCCAGGUUCAUUUAAGUGCGCUUGCCAUAAAAAAAUUAUAAAAAUGGGACAAAAGGUCGGGAAGAAAGGCGUGGAGAAAGGCCUUGAACAUUACAAAGAACAACUGUUUGAGGAAGCUGCUAUGGAAUUCCUCAAUGUCCUGAAAAAAACGAAUAAAACGGAAAAAUCCGCGGACAAGUUCGUUAUAUACGGAUAUCUCUGUACAAUUUAUUACGACACAGGAAAAUACCGCGACAUUUUACGAUAUGCAGACCAUCAGAUUGACAUAGCAAAUAGUUUAAAAGAUUCCUGUAUGAAAGCGGAAGCAUUCUUUAAUCUAGCUCGUGGGAAUGAGCGACUUUCGCUGUUUGAUAAAGCUGUUUUAUUUUGUAAAGAAAGCAUAACCGUCAACUCUAAACAUUCGAACAUUCUUGGAUACUCUCAUUUAUGCCUAGGGAACGCUUAUUUCGGAUUGAGUGAUUUUUGUAAUUGCUGUAAAAAUAUUGAUCUCAGUUUGGCAAUCGCUCGACAGACGAAAGACAAGCGCUUAGAUAUAUUGGCGAACGCAAGUUUUGGUACAUUGUUCACAGCUCUGAGAGAUUAUGACACCGCUCUCUACUACUUCGAGCGUGCUCUGGACACUUUACACGGACAGAAUGACACGGACAAUUUGGACCAAUAUCAGCGCCUCCUGGAGGUGUGUCUGGCUGUCCCCUACUUCCGCAAAGGGAGGCAAAACGACGCCAUGGAAACAUGUGAGGAUGCCUUGAAGAUGGCUAUGCAGUGUAAAGAUCGUCCAGUUCAGGCAAAGUGUCUAUUUACAUUCGCCGAGAUUCAUCGAACGCGGAAGGAUACGGAGCGAGCUAAUCCCCGCUACGAGUCAGCCUACUCUAUCUACACAGAGAUUGGCGACAGGUACGGGCAGAUGGAGGCAUUACGCGGGAUGGCAAAAUCGACCACACUAUCUGGAGAUACCCAACAGGCUUUGGAACUCUACCAGCGAGCUUUGGACCUAUCAGAAUCUAUUGGGAACAAGUACGGGACCAUGCAGUGUAAUGUAGCAUUAGCGAAUCUAUACAGCGAUGAUGACAACCAAUCUAUGGCUGACACCUACCGCAGCGCCGCAAGAACUCUAGUGGAGCAGAUGGAACUCUUUUGUGGUGUUUGUGGUGAGACAAUGGGUCAAAUUCCAGAGGAGUUAUAUCCCUUACCAUGCGGCCAUUUGAUACAUAACAGGUGUGGACCCCACCUGGCUCGAUACACCUGGGGAAGGAAAGGCACACGUAGACCAUGCCCCUCGUGUCGUGUCAAGUCAUCUGGUAACCCUAUCCUGGAAUUAUAGAGUGUCACCAGAAAGUGCUCUAGUGUUAGCAGUCGGGGAUUACCAUACACUUGCAGACACUUUACCGGAGUUUAAGAUCUUUCAUCAAAGAGUUGAUAUAUUGUAUCGUUAUUUGCGGUAAAGUCAUUUCGUUUAAUAAACGGAUUAACAUUAUUCUGGUGCAUGAAACAUCCCUGAAAUCAGCAUUAAUGAAAGCGUUAUCUUGGAACUACCGAAAAAGUCAUGAAAUCCAUGCUUGUCAUAUGGUCUACAUUCAUAUCUCGAAGAUGUGAUACUAAGUGCAACAACACCAGAAAGAAGAAGACGGUGGUGAUAUUAAUUACUUUGAACAUUAAUAAUGAAGUGUUGUAGUAAACAUAAGGACAUUUUAUGGAGUAAUGUUGAGUACAUUGAAGAAGUGGUACUUUGUGAUACUUCAAAGGGGCCAUCACACAGACAAAGUGAACAUAUGCAUCUUACAUAAUUAAUCAAGACAAUUCUGUACGGUUGAGGACUACAUCAUUACCAAUCUUAAAGUAGAAGCUCUCCAACUUGCUUCAAUCUCAUAUGUCACAGACAGAUUCAACAAUGUGUUCCAGUUAGCAACAAAAACGGGUUUACCAAUUAAUUUCAUUGUUCAUUAUAGAGAGAAGCGUCCUAGCAUGCUCCUUUUAAUAAGUCAAAAAUGUCCUCUGACAAUUUCUAGGCAAUGCUUACAUUUCUGUUGGAACAGCCAUAUGGAAUCAUGGAGGUAAUUAUUGAAUUUAUCAAAUAAUUUAACAAAACGUGUCGAUAGUUUUUGACACAACUUUCAGUAAGGACAAUAACCAUAAUAACAUAGUAUUAUUACUCAAAUUAGUGUAUAUAGAUCUGGUAAGGAAGUUAGCAUGGCGAUUAUUGAACAAAGUAACAAUAAGCACGUUAAUAAUAUGUUAACAGCAUCCCCCCAUUUCAGUUCAGUACUAAUCUGGAGGACCAAUAAAUUAUUUUGAAAUUACUAACAUUCUGUAGCUAUACCUCGGAUCAUAUUGCAAGUAAAUUCUUUCAACAUUGGACAAUGGGAAAUGAAAAGUUAAUUAAAGAAAACUAUAUGUUUUUACCUAACUGAAAAUAUUUCUAUAUCUUCAUUUUAAAUAUUUUUACAUAUGAUUACCAAUAAUCGACAUUUGUUUACUGAUUUGUUUAAACUGUAACAGGAAGUCAACCUCAACGGCAAAAAUGUUAAGUUUCGCCUGAUAUUGAAAUCACUAUAGAAACGAAAAAAAAAAGAGAAGAAAAUCUGCAUUUACAUACAUAUCUUGUCCCCCCAUUUUUUUGUCUUAUUUUGACCACUUUGCCAAACAGGAGGAAGUUCAAAUGCAGCGAAAGUUUCUCAGUAUGUUAGUCAUUUUGCUGUAAAUUGCUAUUACUCGGUAAUAUAUAAGCAUAUAGCAGGAGAGGAGAAAAGAAUAUAUACACAGCAUAGAAAAGUAUAAAAACCUAGGCAAUAUAUUUGUAGCUUAUCGUUGUCUAGAUUAUAUUUUGGUCAAUUCUCUCAUUUAAAACAUUCCAAAGUGAUAAAUCGUAUUGUUCCCACAUUUGACGUUGUGUUGUAUUCCCAGAUGUUUCGUAAAUACUAAAUAUUGUCUAUAAAUUUACUCUUACAUGGAACAAAUGAAUGCAUAAUGCGUAUUAUACGCUGAUAUCAAAAUGUAUA